AUGGAGAUGAACUCGCAGCUGAGACUGGAGCUGGCGGACUUUGAGGUGUUGCUGCCGCCCCCCAGGGACCUGAUGGGCACCCAGGGUGGGGGUGGGGGUGGGGGUGGGGGUGGGGGUGGGCUCCGACACCCCCCCGGGGAGCUGGCUGCGCCCCCGAGACAGGGGCUGGUGUCCGGCGUGGCUCCGGCGCUGGGCUCCUACCGCCCGGAGCUGUCCAUGGUACCGCUGGGCAUGGGAGCCGAGUUUCCCGGCCACGCUUACCCGGGCUUGACCCCGCUGCAGCCCCUGAAGGAGGGGUACCAGCAGCCGCCCAGCUUGGUCCCCAGCAGCGUGAUGGGGAGCUUCGCCUUGCUGAGGGACAAGGGCGGCAUGUCCGCCGUCAACAGCUUCUACAACGCCUACCACAAGGAGCUGGGCAUGUGCCAGAGCGUGGUCAACCCCGGCAUGGCCGUGCCCGUGCCCGGACCCCAGCAGGCGCCCCCUCCCCCCGGCUUCCAGGGGCACCCGCCCGUCUUCGCCCCCGCCGAGCCUCCCCCGGCCUCCCCGCCCGCCCUCCAGCCCCCCGGCCCCCUCCACUGCCAGCCCUCGGCGGGGGGAGGGGGCAGCGGACCCGGGCGGCUGGAGGAGAUCGACACCAAGGAGGUGGCCCAGCAGGUCAUGACCGAGCUCAAGAGGUACAGCAUCCCCCAGGCCAUCUUCGCCCAGAGGGUCCUCUGCCGGUCGCAGGGGACCCUGUCCGACCUCCUCAGGAACCCCAAGCCCUGGGGCAAGCUCAAGUCCGGGAGGGAGACCUUUCGGAGGAUGUGGAAGUGGCUGCAGGAACCAGAGUUCCAGAGGAUGUCAACACUCAGGUUAGAAGCCUGCAGCAGGAAAGAGCACGAGCAGGCCAGGAGUGACCGCCACCACCUGCCCAAGAGACACCGGCUGGUCUUCACCGACGUCCAGCGCAGGACCCUCCUCGCCAUCUUCAAGGAGAACCCCCGCCCCAACAAGGAGCUGCAGGUGACCAUUGCCCGGCAGCUGGGCCUGGAGCUCUCCACCGUGGGCAACUUCUUCAUGAAUGCGCGCCGCCGGAGCCUGGACAAGUGGCUGGAGGAGGGCGGGCCUUGUCCCGCAGGCUCCGCCUCAUCAUCAGAGAGCACUUACGCCAACUCAUGA